AUGGAAACCAAUUUAGUAUAUGAUAAUAAAAGUAAGAAAAUAACCUUAUCAGACUCAUCAAACCCACAAUAUAAAUUAGAAAUAGACCAAUUAAAUCAAUUAACUACCGAAAUAAUAGCUCAAGGUUCAGAUGUACCUCCAUUACCAUCAGCUGAAAAUUUCAACAAGGACUUAUCGAAAAUGAUUAAGAAAUUAUAUGAAGGUGGUGUUCAAGCUUUCAAAAUGAAUAAAUUUGAAGAAAGUUGUAAACAAUUUUCGAUUGGGAUUGAAAUGAUUAAUAGAAGAUCAAAAUUUGAAAGUUUUCAAUUAACAAUACAAGAAUUAUCAUUAUUUUUAAUGAGUAGAACUGAUGCAUAUUUGAAAAAUAAACAAUAUUUAAAAGCUUUCAAUGAUGUUGAUUUAUUGUUAAAUAUGCAAAUGAAUAGUCCUGAUAAUUUUUUAAGAAGAGGAGUUGCUAAUUUCUUUUUAGGUAAUUAUGAAGCUGCUAGAAGUGAUUAUCAAAGAGGUUUAUCAUUUGAUGAAAAUAAUCAAAGAUUACAACAUGAAUUAAAUAUUUGUUUAGAUAAAAUUUUAGAGGAAAAUGGUGAUAGACUUUAA